AUGACGAUGAGUGGAAGCUCGGAUGCCAUUGGCUUCGAGACCAAAAUAGAGAUGGACAUUGCAGGGGAGACGUUUUCCACAACGGGACUGGUCGUGUUGCAGAAGAACUACCUGGAGGUAUACCCCUACGACACGUGGGCAUCCCGCCGGCUGCCACGGUUUCUGUUGCAUGAACGGUUUAUCCCGAACGACGUGACGAUCCAAGCAGGCAGCACGCAGCCUCCUACUCUCCUUACGGAAGCCGACCUCAUCGACAAGAUGGAUAAGGAACGGAAUUAUGCUGUUAAGACGGAGUCUCAGCAAUUUAAGCCUACAGACCUCGGUGUCGCUUUGGUCAAGGGCUAUAAACUUGUCGGCCGUAUCUGCAACGCAGAUCUAUCGCGGCCUGAUUUGAGAGCCAGCAUGGAAAGGGACAUGACGCUGAUAGCUCGAGGAGCCGAGCGGAAGGAGGAUGUUAUCCAGAGGCAUGUGGGCACAGUGGCGGAAGUUUUUCGGCUGUUGCGUGUUCAUAUCGCGUUGCUAGAUGACCAGCUCCAGCGCAUUUUCCCACCAUUGGCUGCUUCAGAUGCCGAUUGCCGCCUGCUCCAGCGCAGCUUUUGCACUUGUGCGAAGUGUGGUAGCUCAAUGGACCUUAUGGACAGCGGGAGUGAAGCACAGAUUACUGGCUCGAGGUACGACUCGCGGGAAGCCCGCUCGCAGUGA